AUGAAAGUUUUUACUUUGAAUAUUUUUUCUGCCAGUUUUGCUAACGGAUUCAUUAUGAGUACUCCUCCUGAAGACAUUGUCGACUACUGGGACAAGAAUAACCUCUUCGACGACAGGCACCCUUUUGAGUUCGGGGAAAUGCCGACCAAACUGCACUCGUUGCUUCAUUUUAAGGAUUUUGUCGAUAGAAAAGGAACCGAGCUAGACAACCCUGCAUACUUCUUUUUCAACAUCUGA